UUUAAACAUUUCAGACGGAUUUUUUGAGUUGUAAGCUCGGCUUGUAGCUCUCGCUCUCGCUCUCCGAUUCUCCAUUGCUCAGUUUUCGCAGUCAGGGAACGAGAAAGAUGGUUGUAGCGCAGAAAGUGCAGGAAGCAGAGAUAACAGAGCAGGAUUCACUGCUUCUGACGAGGAACUUAUUGCGUAUCGCUAUAUUCAACAUCAGUUACAUCAGAGGCCUAUUUCCGGAGAAAUAUUUCAAUGAUAAGUCGGUUCCUGCCCUUGAGAUGAAGAUCAAGAAGCUUAUGCCCAUGGAUGCAGAAUCUCGAAGACUCAUCGAUUGGAUGGAGAAAGGCGUUUACGACGCCUUGCAGAAAAAGUACCUGAGAACACUUCUAUUCUGUGUCUGUGAAGCAGUGGAAGGUCCGAAGAUCGAGGAAUAUGCAUUUUCAUUCAGUUAUUCAAAUUCUGAUUCCCAAGAGGUUUCGAUGAACAUCAGUCGCACUGGAAGCAAAAAGGGAACCACAUUUAAAUCCAAUACGUCGGCAGAUAUUACUCCGAACCAGAUGAAGAGUUCUGCAUGUAUGAUGGUCCGCACACUUGUUCAGUUGAUGAGAACCCUCGAUCGGAUGCCAGAAGAGCGUACCAUUCUGAUGAAACUCCUCUACUACGACGAUGUGACGCCAGCGGACUAUGAGCCACCAUUCUUCAGAAGCUGCACGGAACAAGAAACCAAUAAUUCCUGGACCAAAAAUCCUCUAAAAAUGGAAGUUGGCAAUGUCAACAGCAAGCAUUUCGUAUUAGCUCUAAAGGUUAAAAGUGUCCUGGAUCCCUGUGAAGAUGAGAAUGACAUUCAAAACGAUGAGGAAGUGAGCUUGGGAGCUGACUCUGCUCAACGAGAUGAUUCCUCCAGCUCAGAUAGCGAGGUUGAUCUUUCAGAAGAAGACCAAUAUAUAGUUGCACCCGCUGAUAAACAAAGAACAGAAGAAAAUGGCUUGAUUGAUGACGACAAUACACAGGAUGAUGCGGAGGACGAACAACAAUUGGACCGGGUAAAAGAUUGGGUCAGCUCUCGCCACAUGGACACUGUUGAUCUCACUGAUGUUCUCUCAAACUUCCCUGACAUCUCGGUGGUUUUGACGGAAGAAAUAAUGGACAAACUCGUAAAAGAAGGUUUUCUGUCAAGGGCUGGAAGGGACAUUUUCACCAUUAUUAAGCCACAGAAUCUCGACUGUAAGUUUGCUGCCGUUAAAGACGAAAUGGAGGCUCAAGAAAUUCCACCUGGUGACGAAGUUCCCAAGAGUAGUAAAGACGAUUACAUGUACAUGAAGGCUUUGUAUCAUGCUCUUCCGAUGGAAUAUGUGACCGUACCGAAGCUUCAGAGCAAGCUUGAAGGAGAAGCCAACCAAGCUACAGUGAGAAAGCUGAUCGAUAAAAUGGCGCAGGAUGGAUUUGUUCAAGGCAAAGGCAACCGAAGACUAGGGAAGCGUGUCAUCCACUCGGAGACGACCAAUAAGAAGCUGCUGGAGAUAAAAAAUGCCUUAGCCUUGGACAACAAAACCGUGGCAAUGGAGAUUUUCGAGCCAAAUAGCAAAUCGAACGGUGCGGAACUUCAAACAACCGGGAGCAAACAAAGGGACAUGUCCACCUGCGGUGGCCUCCGCUCCAUCGGAUCUGAUCUUACACGCACACGCGGGAGAUCCGACACGCAUCAGAACAGUUCGAUCAGGGGUGACCAGGAAGUAGGAGAGCACGGAAACACUCCCAUGAGCAAGGCUGGGCCUGUGGCUUCUCGAGAAAGCGGCGUCCCGAGGAAUGAGCACGAUGGAGCAAACGGGAGGAACACUCACCGUGAGGAAGGUGACGCUGCCAUCUGCAGUCGAUCAACCCAAGAGAAGCGAUCCAGGAAAGCGAGCACGGUUAAGGAGCCUAUUCUUCAGACUGUGAAGCGCCAGAGAUCGCAAGCCGUGUGAUAACUGAUAAGGAGAUAAGAAGUAAUUAACAUUGGCAUGACGGAGACAUUGUAAUUCGCUUCAUCAAGUAAUAAGCUCGCCAGGACUCC